AUGUGGAUUGCAGCAAUAAUCGACACCACAGCUGCUGCUAAGCUCCUGAUCUAUGACGAAAAAACUGCUGCCAAGCUUACUCCAAUGGCCACCUACAUCAUCAGAAACGUCACAUCCAAAACAACGCACUUCACAACCAACUCAUCAUUCCAACUUUUCCGUACUGCCAAAGCUGAAGUCGACCAACAGAAAGUACAAGAAGCUUGUGAUCUUCUGCACCCACCAGCACCACCAGUCAUCAGUAUCGCAGAAGCAAAGACGUCACCAGUGAAGAAACUUGUGUCAGUUAGAGGACAGGUCGUUCAGGAUGAACCCGUCCAAAUGGUGGGUGACAAUAUACCAUUACGACAUGUAACGCUGAAGGACACUACAGCUAGCGUACAACUUUCCCUUUGGAGAGAUAUGGCAGACACACAUCUCAACCCAGGAAACUACAUUGAAGUCCGCAGUGUGUACGUGUCUUCCAACCCCAUCAAGAAAGAAACCCAACUUGGUUCAACACAAACAACAGUCAUUGAGCAACAACCAUUACCAGUCGAAACACACACCGGAACUCUCACAGCAUUCGACAUAACUGAUACCGAAUGCAGCCUCAUCAUCGAUGACCAGCAAUAUCAGUCUACCACGACCAAUCUACAGGAGCUGAUCCCAGACAACGACGAAGACGACAUCGAAACCGAGUUGUGUCUAACAUUCUUCCACUUUCAGUUGAUUACACACGCCUGCCAACAAACAAGCAAAUUCUUUCUAUUACUGCCACCAAAUCGGAAUGAACAUGUUUGA